AUGAUAGUAGAGCCAAUGACCAAACCAAGAAAGCCUACAGUACAGAGGUGCCAAAGUUUUUUUACUAAUGGGGCAAAUCAUUUUUAUUGCAAAAAAAGCACUCACGAUGGGGGUCGAACCCAUAAUCUUCUGAUUAGAAGUCAGACGCGUUGCCAUUACGCCACGCGAGCUACUGUUUGUUGGAAGUUUUCAAUUAUUAAUAAGUACAUACCAACCUUAGCUAACAUUACUAUAACGACGCUGAGAAAGCUAUACAAAAGAUUUAUCGAUCGAGAAUCAUUGUUUCUUAUUUUUUUCAGGAAGGAUGAACACAUUGUUCAGAAUAUUAUCAAUUAA